AACACUCCGCUGAACCACGAGGCUCAGUUUCGAAGCUUUGUUUUGAGGUUUUGUCAACGGUUCAAGAAGUCUCAGCUGUUGAUUGUGAUUCUUUGAUAAAAUGCCCCCUGAGUCCAAAGAAGACGAUUUGCACGAGAGAAUUGGAAGUUUUGUUUCUUAUCUCAAACAAGGACAACUGCACGGCUCUUAUGAUGUAGCAUUUCAGACAUUACAACUUUUGAGAAGAAUUGUCUCGCAGACACGUUGGAGUACAGCCGGUGAACUUAUGCAGUUUAUGAGAACAGAAGGAAAGAAAAUGGCAAGUGCUCAACCAACAGACUCUGUAGUUGGAAAUAUGGUGCGUAGAGCCCUUAAGAUUAUCAGAGAAGAAUAUGCAGGCUCUGUGAGUGGGAAAACAGAGGAAGGGGAGACAGAAGAGUCUUUACAUAAACUUUUGAUGACUGGCGGACCUUCUACAAGUGACUUUAACAAACCAAGCCAUGGACUUAAGGCCACUGUUAUAGAUGCCUUAAAUGAACUUUUAUCCGAACUGGAGUCAAGGUAUGUCAUUAUAUUACAUAUUGAAUCAUUAUGUGUAUGUUGUACAUGAUCCAUGUUUUUUUUUCAUAAUACAUUUAUCCUGAGUAUAAAAUUGUGUAUUACAAAGCUGCAAGGGCAAGGUCACUCAAGCGACCUCAAUUUGCACAUGCCUUCAGAGCUUAAUUCCUGGUUUCCAUAGAGAUUACAUGCUUGCUUGUCCAUCAC